AUGCUCUACGCGCUCAUGCGGUGCUACGAGGCGUCAGUACCGACACUGCAGCGGCAUCUGGCGACGUUCGACGAGACGUUGAAGACUCAGGAGAGUCCGAAGAUCGCCGAGAUUCGGCACGCGUUGCUGCUGGCAUUGGAGAGAUGUGUGGACGCUGCAGUGGACGAGCAGUCGGGGUCUAAUGGGGAGCAGCUUCUGGCUGGACUGCACGCUCUGAGCAAUGGAUGUGCGGACGACGGGGCGGAACAUGGCUCGUAUCUGAGUGAUCUCUGGCACUUGUGCGAGUACAAACACAAGGUGGCGGAGGGAUUUGACCGCUGUAAACUGGAUCUAGAGAACGUUUCGUACCUGGAUCUGGUGAUUGAGCAGCUGCCUCGACGUCGCAUUCUUCCUGCUUUGCUGGUGGACGACCUCGCUGCAGAGACGAAGUCGGUGGAUCUGAUUCCGAUGGUGAACCAAGUGAAGGACUUUUUCCCGGAUCUGGGCGAAGGCUACGUGGAGCUCUGUCUCUUGACGUCGAAUCUACAGGUGGAGGUGGUGAUCAAUUUCCUACUGGAAGGGAACCCGCCGCCUGUGCUGCUCGAUGCACCGCAAAAUCUGAAACGAUCAGAUUCUGAGUUUGUCCGUUUAGAAGCACAGAUCACUGGCAAGUCAGUGCGUGCAACGAAUAAGGCUUUAGAGUCCACGAAACUUGAUCCUAGUCGUGUGUGGGUGGGGAAGAAGGCGAUGGAGAAGACGUACGACCCUCAGAUCGCCAAGAAGGACCAGCAGCUGGCAGUCAAGAUGAAGCAGCUUGUUGGCAUGUAUGAGGAAGAGGACGAGUACGGUGACGUCGGAGUGUAUCCGAGAGAUGACGGUGUGGCCACGCUAGACGAGUACGACGACGACUACAACGACGAGUUUGACGACUUUGUGCCCUUCAGUGUCCGCGAUGGUGGCAGCGCCGACGACCAGGACGCAAUUCGUGAGCAGAACCGCCGGGUCCGCGUCCAGGAGGAGAAGGAGGCCUUCUGGGAAGGCAUGAGGAACAGGAAUCGUGAAAAUCCACUGAAGAAGAAGAAGCCAGACGAAGCUCUUACGCCGCAGCAGAUACAGCGUCAACGAGCUCGGAAAGACAAGAACAAGGCAAAGGUGGCGAACCAUAACCGAAAGGACCGUGCGAUGAAGAAGAUGGGCUAA